AUGUGUGGGCCGUGGCGCAAACUUACUUUUCGUGAAAAAGUAUUAUCAAUUGUUACAAAUGAAAUAACAUGGGGUAUAUUUGUUAUUCUCGCUUGUGCCAUUGCUCUGAUCAUUGUAUGGGCAGUAAAUAGUCCAGUCCAAUGGCAAAUAUACAAAGAUCCUGUUCAUGAACAAGCACUCAUGAGUAUUAUUGGUGGCAUUUUUGCUAUUGUCUCAACAUUAAUGAGUCUGACUCAGAUUAUUCAACAUUUUGCUCACAGAACUCAUAGAGCUUCUCAAAAGCGAGUCAUGCGAAUAUUGGCAGCUAUUUAUGUGGAAUUUAUUCAAAGUUGUUAUGAAGCCUAUGUUGUUUAUUGUUUUCUUCUUUUACUAACAAAAUAUCUUGGUGGUCAUCAAGGCGUAGAAGAGGCAAUCUUAAGCAAAGAAAGUAUUCAUAUGGUAUGCCCAUUUGGAUGUUGUUGUAAACCAGCACCAAAUGCAAAAUGGGUAUGGUAUUUUAAAAUCGGUCUUCUACAAUAUUCAUGGAUUACACCCGUAUGUUCAGGUAUAGCCGUUGUUUUGAAUUUUGCAAAUAUCUAUAAUAAUGGUGUAUGGCAAUUUAAUCGAGGCUAUCCAUAUAUUACAAUUAUUAUUAAUAUAAGUCAAACAUUAGCUCUUUACACUUUAGUAACAUUCUACAGCAAUAUGAAAGAUGAAUUAAAAAAAUUUCAACCACUAGCAAAAUUUAUUACAAUAAAACUUCUUGUGUUUUUCAUCUUUUGGUAA